GCGGUACUGUUGUGUCCAGGACGCUAUAAAAGAGCUGCUCCCCGUCACUGUCACAUACAACACUCACUCGAGCCUGACGACGACACACCUUCACUCCAAGAAACACCCACAUCAACUGAAAAAUGGACCCUUGUGACUGCGCCAAGACUGGAACCUGCAACUGCGGAGGAUCAUGCACUUGCACAAACUGCUCCUGCGCUAAAUGCCAGAAAAGCUGCUGCCCAUGCUGCCCAUCCGGCUGCAGCAAGUGCGCCUCUGGCUGCGUGUGCAAAGGGAAGACCUGCGACACCAGCUGCUGUCAGUGAGGAGCCUGGUCCUCAUCAGCCCUCCUCUACUCUCGCGAUGGCGCCUAUGUGAUCCACUCUGAUUUGAUUGCAGUUGCAAUCGUCUCUAAAUAGUGAUUUUUGUACUCGUCUUUGUUGAAAUAAAGAUGUUUCCGUAAAAAUUAA